CCAGAGUAGAGUCGACAAGUCGACAAAAUACUAGCGGUGUCCAUUGACACUGUGAUAUCAUCGCAUUCCCCCUUUGGUUUCACCCCCUUCUUAUUGUUUAGCUAUUUUCAUCACUGCCAUGUUUUCAUGCAGACUUGCAUUGAAUUCAGCCGUAAAGCUGUCUGUUUCGAGCAAUGCCAAGCGAAGCGUUUUCCACUUUCGUGGACCUCGUGUUGUGCCGAAUCUAGUAAGGAAUGUAUCGGGGCCAUACAGUACAAGUGACUGCCACAACUUUCUCUUCACGUCGGAGUCGGUAAAUGAGGGUCAUUCAGAUAAAAUGUGCGACCAAAUAUCUGAUGCAGUCCUUGAUGCACAUUUGGAGCAAGACCCCUAUGCCAAAGUUGCGUGUGAAACAGCUACAAAAACGGGCCUCGUGUUAUUGUUUGGAGAAAUCACGUCAAACGCCAGGGUAGAUUAUCAGGCAGUCGUCCGAAACACAAUAAGGGAUAUUGGAUAUAAUGACUCUUCCACUGGAUUUGAUUACAAGACUUGCAGUGUUUUGCUGGCAAUCCAAGAGCAAGUUGCAGAAAUCGCUCAAACUGUACAUCUUAAUAGGAGAGAUGAUGAGAUAGGGGCAGGGGACCAAGGGCUGAUGUUUGGAUACGCAACUGAUGAGACAGAAGAGCUUAUGCCGCUUACUACUGUGCUAGCGCAUAAACUUUGUGCUAGGCUCGCCGAGUGCCGCAAGGGUAAAAUCCUACCAUGGCUUCUUCCCGAUGGGAAGACCCAAGUUACUGUGGAUUAUCGGCUUGAGAGAGGGGCCUGUAUCCCAGAACGUGUGCACACCGUGCUUAUCUCCACCCAACACACUCCCGAUGUUGGCAUCGAGGAGAUCAGGCAUCAUUUAAAAGAAACCAUAAUUAAUCAUGUCAUUCCAGAAAAAUAUUUGGAUGACAAGACAAUUUUCCAUUUACUACCAUCUGGCCAGUUUAUAGAUGGUGGUCCCCUUGGAGAUGCUGGACUUACAGGCCGUAAAAUCAUUGUGGAUACAUAUGGUGGAUGGGGUGCCCAUGGUGGCGGUGCUUUCUCUGGAAAAGAUGUCACCAAGGUGGACAGGUCUGGUGCUUAUGCAUGCCGCUGGAUUGCCAAGUCUCUUGUUGCAGCAGGACUCUGUCGUAGGGUGCUAGUGCAAGUUGCAUACGCUAUAGGGAUCGCAGAACCACUCUCCAUCUCUGUAUUUAGCUAUGGGUCUGGGAAUUACACAGAUAAGCAGUUGCUUGGUGUGAUUAAGGAUAAUUUUGACCUUCGUCCAGGGGUUAUUAUUAGAGAUCUUAAUCUGCUCAGGCCUAUCUAUAAGGCAACUAGCACUUUUGGGCAUUUUAAGCCAGGCUUUCCUUGGGAAGAGCCCAAAAAACUAAAACUGUGAAUAUUGCGAUACAUCAAACAUGCCCCUACCCAAACUUCAACUUCCUCCUUCAUGCUAAAAGCACUUUCUCUGGCUUGACUCCACUUACACACAUGCACUAUUAUACUACCUAAUUUCCUACACCUCAUGGUUAUUUUCUGUAAUUGUAUUCCUGUCUAAACUAAAUUACCCAUACUCCACAACAAAUAUGCCUUACAGCACCAUCUACAAAAUGCACGUAAACACUAGCCAGUAAUGUUUGUAGGUUCUAUCCAUUUAGAAUGACAAAGAGAUUUAAAAAAAGAUUUGUGCAAGUUUAAAAAGAUAUUUUAGAAUUUAUAAAAAAUAAUUUAGUGUUUAUGAGCAUGAUUUUGAGCAUGUAGAACUUAUUUCUAAUUUUUUCUUUCAUACUGUCAUUUUUUUUUCACUUAAUUUUUAGUGAUGUUGAUAACUGAUAAAUUUUAGGCAUUGAUUGCUUUAAAGGUUGCUAUAUGUUUUGCAUUCUAAUAUUUUCAUUUAUUUUUAUUAUGAUUAUCAUUACAAAGUACAAUUGCUUAUCUGUUCAUAUGUACAAAAUGUGUAUAAUUAAAAAAAACAUUGUAGUAUA